CAACAAAUUUUAACACGAUUUUCUAUUUGUGUGUCUGUUCGCUGAACUGCGUUUUUGCUACUAUUUGUAAUUCAUUUGCUAAAUUAUAUAUCUUUACUUCAUUCUAUCAAUAUAAUAUCUUAUGGUAUGAAUUAUAAAUUGCAAGGACUUAUAAAUUAUUAGUGUUUGUGAAAUUUUCCAAGUUCGUUGUGAUAAUGGUUAAAAUAUUAUUCCUCCACCCGGAUUUGGGUAUUGGUGGCGCUGAACGACUGGUUCUCGACGCUGCAUUAGCUUUCAGGCGGAAAGGACACGAAGUUGCUUUCUAUACAAAUCAUCACGAUGCCAGCCAUUGUUUUGCAGAAACUAGAGACGGUACCUUUCCAGUAACGGUUGUCGGUGAUUGGAUACCAAGAUCUAUAUUUGGAAGGUUUAAAGCAGCUUGUGCAUACGUUCGUAUGGUUUAUGCAGCUGUAUAUUUGGCUUGGUAUGUUAUACCUGUGGAGGAACCGACUCUUAUAUUUUGUGAUUUAAUAUCGCUUUGUAUUCCAUUUUUAAAAAUGGCUCAGGGGCCAUUCCGUGUCGUAUUUUAUUGUCAUCAUCCAGAUAAGUUAUUGACUUCUGAAGGCGGGAUCCUUAAGAAAUUGUACAGAGCCCCUUUGAAUUGGCUGGAGGAGCUGACAACAUCUCAAGCUGACAAGGUUCUAGUCAACAGUAAAUACACAGCUAGGGUCUAUCAGGAUGCAUUCCAAAACAUCAAAGAUAUUCCAGAUAUUUGUUAUCCUUCAAUCAAUACAGAGUUUUUUAAGGUUACCACACCUAUGCCUUUGAAAGAAGUUGUACCAGUUGGCACAGAUAAGAUUAUAUUCCUGUCUAUAAAUAGGUAUGAAAGAAAAAAGAAUUUGCAGUUAGCUCUUAGAGCACUAGAGCAUUUGAAACAUAUAAUAAGUGAAUCUGACUGGAAUCAUGUGCAUUUGAUAAUGGCUGGUGGGUUUGACCCUAUAAAUUUGGAAAAUAUGGAGCACUACAUUGAAUUGACUGAUUUAGCAGCCGAAUUGGAUAUUGAGGACAAAGUGACAUUCAUGAAGUCUCCAAAAGAUGUUGAGAAGGUAUCUCUUCUAUAUAAUUGCAAGGCAUUGGUUUACACUCCAUCAAAUGAGCAUUUUGGUAUAGUUCCUCUAGAAGCAAUGUAUUACAGCAAACCAGUGAUCGCUGUGAAUAAUGGUGGGCCUACAGAAACAAUAGUAAAUGAUGUUACAGGUUUCCUUUGUCAACCAACAACUGAAGCAUUUGCUACAGCUAUGAGUAAGUUAAUAUUGAGUCCAGAACUUGGUGAGAGAUUGGGUGAAGCAGGUCGAAAAAGGUUUGAAACAAAGUUCUCAUUUGAUGCAUUCACAGAGCAGCUAGAUGGUAUAUUAACAAGAGAGAGACAGGUAAUCUCUGAAGCAAGAGCCAUAGAGUUUGAACAGAAGAAACGUAAAUAACAUAAUGCUGACUCUCCAACAAUAUUUGAUGUUGUUUGAGGGUGUACUUAACCAAAGAUCUUAAUAUCAGUAGGGAAUUUAAACUUAAGUAUCUCUAUUUACAUUUGUUCAUGCACACUAUGGCCACUCUCAGGCUAAUUUUCAAACACCCCCUUUUGUUAUGAUGGUUAUGUAUAAGUGCAUUUAUUUUAAUAAUAAUGUUAAUAAUCUAUGAUAUAAUAGGUGUCUAUGAUUUCUAAUAAAGUUUCACUUAAUCGAUUUGUUGUGAUGUUUUUAGAAAUACUUAUGAAAUAAUUUUAUUGCUUAUUGAAAUGCUGAUUUGAGGCCAUUUUAUAUUUUGCAUGCUUUAUAAAAAAUCAGUAUGCAAUUUUAUUUUACCACCAGUCAAGUAUCUUGUAAAAUGUUUAAUAGUUUACUGAAGUAGUAGUGUUAAUUAUAAGUAGGCAACUGAUUCUGUUAAUAAGUAUAAUAUAUGAGGGUACUAAUAAUGUUAAUUGUUACUAGUAAGUAGCCAGUCAUAAUUUGUUCCAUGUAAAAUUAAUUUUGAUUUAAAUUAAUAUUGGUUUGUGAUAAGUAUUACUUAUUAAUUAAAUAAUUAAAUGAUGUAAAUACAUAAUACUACUAUAAUAUAAUGAUACUGUAUGAAUAUAUUUAAAUAAAAUGUACUAUUGUUUGAAGCAA